ACCGGCCGAGGAGCGGAGGGAUAGUGGAGGCUCAGGCAAAGGAUCUCCACUCAAGAGUGCAUUCUGUCCUAACGGACUACCUCGGUCCACAGUGAACGGGGGGGAACAGGGUGGUCGUCGCCUGCAUCUGUGCGUGUGUGUGUGUUUGUGUGUGUGUGUGUGCGUGUGUGUCUGCUCUGCUCAGCGCACAGGCGCCCUGCGCUCCCAGUCUGCUGACACACCGGGAGGACAGUCCGCACCGCACGUCCGUGUCAUUGGACUCUAUGUGGAUACAAAGCCCGGUUUACAACCAUCCAUGGGGAUACUUUAGUGGGAACUGCAGCCCGAGACCUUUUACAUGAAAACAGAGCAGCAUUGAAGGAUUUCGGAGAGCCAGAGAACGAGCGCUGGCCUUCGUCUGACUGUGUGACCAGCGAAUGAGCCUUGUUCAUGCGUCUCCCUGAGUGCCACUCCCACAUAACUAUGAACUGUGAGCAGGACUUUGGAGAUGGGGGCUUGGGAGUGACCCUCACACUACGACUGCUCAUGCAUGGAAAGGAGGUUGGCAGCAUCAUAGGAAAGAAAGGAGAGACUGUGAAAAGAAUACGAGAAGAGAGCAGUGCUCGGGUCAACAUCUCAGAGGGCUCUUGUCCGGAGAGGAUCAUCACCAUCACCGGCUCCACAGACAGUGUCUUCAGAGCCUUUACCAUGAUCACAUACAAACUGGAGGAGGACCUGACUGCACUAGUGGCCAACGGCACCAUCAGCUCCAAACCACCCGUCACCCUGAGGCUGGUCAUCCCUGCCAGUCAGUGCGGCUCUCUCAUAGGGAAGGGAGGGGCCAAGAUAAAGGAGAUCAGAGAGAGCACCGGAGCUCAGAUACAGGUGGCCGGGGAUUUACUGCCCAACUCUACUGAGCGAGGGGUGACGAUAUCUGGGAAUCAGGACUCGGUAAUCCAGUGUGUCAAGCUCAUCUGCACAGUAAUCCUAGAGUCUCCUCCAAAGGGUGCCACCAUCCCAUAUCGACCGAGCCCCUCACCAGCUGCCCUCCUCAUCGCAGGGAACCAGAUGUUUGAGGCAUCUGAAUAUGCCCCCCACCCUCUGUACUCAGUCACCCAGGGAGGAAUGGACCUCCAGCAGGCCUACACUUUGCAAAACCAAUAUGGCAUUCCACAGUCCGAGCUGGCCAAGCUGCAUCAGCUGUCAAUGCAGCAAGGCCUGAGUCCAAUAGCCCAGCCCACUUCAACUAUCAUACCUGGGAUGGACUCAAACUCUCAGACAUCUCAGGAGCUGCUUAUACCCAAUGAUCUGAUCGGCUCGAUCAUCGGCCGUCAGGGUACUAAGAUCAAUGAGAUAAGGCAGGUGUCAGGAGCUCAGAUCAAGAUCGGCAGCCAACUGGACGGAACAACUGACCGUCAUGUCACAAUCACAGGAACACCAGUCAGUAUCAACUUGGCCCAGUACCUCAUUACCUCCUGCUUAGAGACAGCCAAAUCUACGGCCCAGGCAGCCACCAUGGCAACCCCCGUCGACCUCAACAUGGCCUUCACUCAGCCAGCCUCCCCAGCUGCCUCCCCUGCACCCACCCUGGCCACCAUGGGUGCCCUGACUCCGGCACAUAUGCUGGGCGCCCCGUACGGUGCCAUGCCCCUCUCCGGCCUGCUGGGGGUGAAGUCCGUCCCCUUUCUGACUCUGUCCAGCCCCGCCCCUGCUGUGGCCGUCACCGCAGCGCCCUCCCACACCACUCUGGCAGCCUACACCGCCAAAAUCUCCUCAGCCAACUGCAUCAAAAAGCCAGAGAGACAGAAGUUUGCUCCCUACUGAUGUAGCCUGUGUGUCUGAAGGACAGCUGUGCAGUGUUCUUCCACGCCUGAUGUAGCCAUAUCCGCUGGCAGAAAUGCUCUUGACUUUUUACUCUAUGACGCACCAACAGAGAAGAGACCAAUGGAGAUGUGGAUAAAGCUAUUAAAAGUUAUUUACGGAUAUAGAUAACUUGUGAGUUUCCCAUGAAUCGGUGGACUGCUUUCAUUGUCACCUCAUCACUGUUAUUGAUCACUAAAAAGGGCUGGAACCUCACCUGAGAAACACAUGUAUAAAUUCUGUUUUUACAUGUGUAUCUCAAGUUGAAGAUCAGCUACACAUAUUUAUCCUUCAAUAAAUUUGUAAAUUAUACUCAGUUGACAAA